CAAUCAGAGGAGGCGCAGCCAGGGCGCUGCCCAAUGGCGUACGAGUCCCGCCGAGAGUAAUGUUGAGUGAGCAGAAGACUGAAGACACUGCGUAUCGCCUAUGUUCCCUCAUACACAGCCAUUGCAGAGCAUUGAGAUCCAGCCAUAGUCAAUAGAUAUUCUGAAGAUGGGUAAAGAUCCGACUAAGCCGAGGGGGAAGAUGUCCUCCUAUGCCUACUUUGUCCAGACCUGCCGGGAGGAGCACAAGAAGAAGCACCCCGAUGCUUCGGUGAACUUUGCCGAGUUCUCCAAGAAGUGUUCUGAGCGAUGGAAGACCAUGUCCGCCAAGGAGAAGGGCAAAUUUGAGGACAUGGCCAGGCAGGACAAGGCGCGAUAUGAUCGGGAGAUGAUGAGCUAUGUUCCAGCCAAGGGAGCCAAGACGAAGAAGAAGUUCAAGGACCCCAAUGCCCCCAAGAGACCCCCAUCCGCCUUCUUCAUCUUUUGCUCAGAGUUUCGCCCCAAGGUGAAGGGCGAGAGCCCCGGCCUGUCAAUCGGAGAUGUUGCCAAGAGACUUGGCGAGAUGUGGAACAGCACCUCCGCCGAGGACAAGCAGCCCUACGAGAAGAAAGCCGCCAAGCUGAAGGAGAAGUACGGAAAGGACAUCGCCGCUUACCGCGCUAAGGGUAAAACCGGCGGCGGCGCUCCAGCGAAAGCUCCCACCAAGGCAGAGAAGAAGAUGGAUGACGACGACGAUGAGGACGACGACGAGGAGGAAGAGGAGGAGGACGACGAUGAGGAAGACGACGAGUAGACAGCCAGCGCGGUGGUCAAUUUCUUGUUUGUAAAGCAUUUAAUCCCCUUGUACACUUCACUUACUGAAAGAAAAUACAUUAGUUCCCAAGGGGGUUUAAAAAAAUGCCAACAAAAAGGCUGUGUAUAUCAGUUGUUUUUAUGCUGUACAGUUUUGUUUUUUUUCUUUCUUUCUCUUUUUGUAUAGUUAACACUACACAGUAUCGUGUUGGUAUCUCUCUGCCAGUCUUAUUUUUCCCCCAGUGGUAGUUCCUAGACCACUAUCCUGCCUGGUACAGUGUAAAGGGGUGGGCUUACAGUAUUUCCCUUAGCUAGCAAGUGCACAGCACACAAAAAAAAGUUAGACCUGAGUGUUUUUUUUUUUCCUUGCGUGUUUUUAUUCUAAAUAACAUUAUCAAAAUUGAAGUAUCACAGUUAUUUUACUGAUCUUUAUGUACCACUGUAAUCGCAAAAAUAAUAAAAAAAAAAACUUGUUUAUUGUUAAAAUUUAAA